GGCGACAACACCUCAAAUUGGCCUGGACAAGACUCAAGUUGCUGUUACUCCUGCUGCUGCUCGUGAAUUCAGCUGAUAGAAGGCUCUAGACUUCAACGGACAUACUAGCUACAAUGCCAUGAGCAGAGCAGCAACACCAGAGCUGAGGGCCGCAUCUGGGUCGCAUCCAGAUGCAAAGAGGUACAAGCAGGCAGUCGACCGUGUCCUUGGCACCUUCCAGGCCAUUGAGUCCUGGCCAGACAACAUCUCCUUCUUGACAAAGCUGCUGCGUGUCUUGCAAAGCUACCCUACCAUCUCUGAGAUUCCAAGCAAGGACGCAGUUGCCAACUCACUCGCUCUUUGUCUUGUGCCUCCCCUUCCCAAUGGUGUCCACCAGAAGGCCUUGGAGAUUUAUGCACACAUUUUCGCACUUGCUGGUGCAGACUCGCUUGCAAACGACUUAUACGUUUGGCUUCCGGGUCUCUUGCCCGUGCUUAGCUUUGCCAGUGUCUCUCUCAAGUCGACCCUCAUCAUCUUAUUCUCUACAUUCAUUGUUCCAUUGCGGCAUACGCUUCGGCCAGUCACACGAGACAUCAUUCUGAGUAUCCUGCCUGGUCUAGAGGACGAACAUGACGAGGCCUUCUCGGCUGUUUUGAGGCUCAUGGAAGAACUCAGACUUGCUGUGGAGGACGACACUCUCUGGUGGACUAGCGUUUGGCUCGCCUGUAUCCUCGCCUCCUCAAAUCAACGCGGUGGAGCACUCUAUUAUCUGCUCAAUAUGAUGCCUGAAGCAAUGUCGGAUCCUGUUGUUUGCAUUGGCCCAGAUCCUGGCAUCCUCGUAAGAGCCUUCUCAGCUGGUCUGACAGACGUCGACGCUCUCAAUCAACGAGGCUUUCUGGAGUUGCUCGUUGCGCAUCUUCCGCUCUCUGCUACAUGGCUUGAUCGUAUCCCAGGCAAACAACUUCAGCUACUCAUGAGUGCCGCAUCACAGAUUGUCCUUCGAAAAGAUCUGAGCCUGAACAAGAGAUUGUGGGCUUGGCUACUAGGUCCAGCUGAUGAAGAUGGUGAUCGCGGCGCUGAUCAGUUGAAGCACAGUGGUCCUCAUCUCUUAGAGGCACUCAAGCGCGAUAUGCAGAUUACUCCUGCCAGAACAUGUCGAGUCAUGCUUUCUCUGAUUGACAAGCAAGAACUUGCGGCAUUGCUUCUACAAGACAUGCUUGAAAGUCUUUUGGAUGCUUGUUUCCGUGCCGAGCAAGAGGGCACAUUGGUUGAGCUGCGCAACAGCGCGAGAGCUCUGUUUGACGCCAUCCCUUCUAGCGUCAUCUUUCAAUAUCUUUGGCUGCUUGUUACAACGAAACAACUCGGCCUCUUAUCAUUCACGUUGCAAACUUUCGACUUCAAAGAGGAGGAUAUGCUUGCCCAGCACUUGCCCCGCUUGAUGCUCGGUCUUUUGAAAACUGGAUCAGAGCCAGAAUUGCGUCUAGCUUGCGAUGUCUCUACUAAGCUCACGACAAGUGCGCUAGGCUGCUGCACCGAAAGCACUUCUUCUAAUCCAUCGUCCAACUCUGAUGCGAAUUUUGCUAAUGAUUGGGCAAGUCAAUGCUUUUCCCAGCUCGAGGCUACUCAGGAUGCCAAGGUCAUGCAUUUACUUUAUGAGCUGCUCCUAAAUCUUUCAGAUCUCACUUCCAUCAGCUCUACAUUGCUGUUAACGUUAUGCAACAAAAUUGCGGCCUCCUCCAUGUUACAUAUUGAACACGUCGGUGGCAUCACUCACUUGCUUGUCGCCUCAAAAACGCCGGUGAAUAUCAGCCUCGCACAACAACUCGUUGCUCACCUGCUCGCAUGCAUUCUUGAUCCACUCGUGGAAUUGACAGGUGUUUCGCUGCUUGGUCUCUUGUCAACGGUCGUUCCGACUGGGGAGCUGCAACAUGUGGUUGCAUCGCAUGUAGCCUCUGACUUGGCUAGCACUGCUUCAUUGCGGUUAUUCGCUUCAUUAUGGGCUUUUCUACCAGAGGCCCUUGCGCAAAGCAUUCUACCAGAUUCUAUCCUACUGGUCAUUGAUGCCCUUGCCUUUGGAAGUCUGAGUGUUCAAGGUACAGUCAAGCGUUGGAUGCGAGGAACAACCACCACAGCUAUGCUGGAUGUCCUCCUUCAAAGACUCGAGCAGUUUGCGCCGACCAGAAGCGACACGGUGUCCAUUCUCAACAACGACAUUUUUGUGUGGCAAAUGAGUACUGACAUUCCUUCAUUCACGUAUCACCUCAAACUGUUGGCUAGUCUGGCGCAGGUCGUCCGUCUUGAUGAUGGCAUUGAGGACUUGUGCAAAAAUACUGCCAUGAGCGCACUGGCUUGUCAAGGCACAGAUGCUGAGCUACUGGUGUCAAUUGCUGCGCCUGCGCUGGUGAUCCUCGGAAAGUGUUCCGGCAGCAAGGAUGAGACUGAACGAUUUCUGGUCGAUCGAUUGAUCAUUGCCGUUCAUGAUGGUCACGAGGCGCUUCAACAAGUCCUUCUCGAGUCAAUGUCCGCGCAUCACACAGACUUGCAACAAUUGCAAACGCACUGGAUCCAAUACGGUCUGAAAGAGGCAGCGAGGAGGCCUGUUCUGCGAGACUGGGUCGAUUAUGUUCUCAAACUAAGGCCAGCGCCUAACUCAAUUGUUCUUUGCCUUUGUGACCUGGUGUAUCAGAGUCUGGCAGACAUGGAUUCCAUGCUCAUGAGUCAGUCCACAAGUGGUCUGGCAAUGCAAGGCAAUAUUUCUCUCCUUCUCAACACGCUUGGCCGACUUCGAAUCUCAGAAGAAGAUCACGCAGAGCGGAUCAGUACCGACCGCCCUGCAGGUUUCCUCACCAAUCUGCUUUCGGCGACAUCUGCAGAAGAAGGCCAAAUGAACAUCCCAUCGGCGCCAUCCAAGCAAAUCAUUCACCUAGCUGUGCAUGUGUGGGCAUGGGCCUCUUCAGAAACUACAAACGCGACGAGUCACCACUCCAUCACUGUCUUGCAACAGCAGGCUUACGACGUCCUUGAUAAUCUUUUCAAACGCAAUCCAGCAGGUGUUGUCCUUGAGCUUGUAAACUUACAUGGCGAGGGCAAGUCGGCUGCCAAAGACUUGUGUAUACAGCUCAACGCGUCAGCGUCAGAUCACUUACUCGUAAUGCUCAGCAAGAUGCUUCGUGCACAGGUGCCCGAAGGAGUCGUGCAGUUCCUGCUCCAGGUUAUCGAAACAAAGUCAGCAGAUGUGGUUGCUCAGGCUGAGUCUGAGUUGAUUGCUUUGCUCCGCCAUCUUGCUUCUGCGGGUCCGACAAGCGUGGAACACGACGUCGUGCUCCUCUGCUGUGAAAUCUCCAGCAAACUAGCAGGCGUCGGCAAAAAGACGCGCAAGGAUGUCAACGAUUCGACUAUGAAAGUGCUGACACAUGCCCUCACUAAGCCUUCCCCUGAAUUGUACGACUUACUUGCUUCACUUAUACCUCGACUGCCAUCUGUCUUUCUUGACCUCGACAAGGUGUCUGGUGCUGUGGGCGCCAUCAUGACGCAGCUUAUUCAGCCGCAGCUUAAGGUGAAGCAACCUACAGCUGCAACGUUGAGCUUGCUCGAACCCAUCUCCCAACUUGAUGGCGUCCAAAAAGUAUGGCGCCGCGACGUGCAAGACUACUUCGCAGAUUCGAGCUUUUUCACAACCUCCUGGGGACAAGGACGUCGCUGGUCAGGGGUUCUACAUCCAUGGUUCACGCUAGACAAGGACAAGGUUAAUGAGUACCUACAGAAACCCAAUCCGUCUGCGCCAGCGCACUUGUUUGCUUCUCAAGAAAGUGAGCGGAUAUUCAAAAUUGCGCAGAAUCAGAGACUUGUCUUUGUGGUCAUGACAUUGCCUGUCGAUGCAUUGCUGGCAAAAAUCAGUCUGUUGCAUGAGCGUCUCGAAGAGUUGUCCAGCAAGUUUUUGAGUGAGAGUUUGUUGCUUAUGCAGACGCUUGUACUUCGCAUAUCAAGUGAACACCUGAGAAGCACCUGGCCUCUGAUGGUCAACAUCCUGAAACGGGCGUUCGAGCAGCUGUUGAACAAUGCUGAAGAGACUUUACUCCGAAGCGCAUGCGAAGCGUUGGAUGUGCUGCUUGCUUCACGUCGUGAAGAUUUUCAAAUCCGUCUUUAG